AGUGUGUUUGAAGGUUUUCACUGGAAAUGUGCAGAGCUUGGGUUGUUUUAUUCGCUUGGAUGCUGACGGCGGGACGAGGAUCGGCCCGCCUUUUGGACGAGGAUUGUGGAGUUCCGAUGCAAUUAAUACCGAAGAUUGUAGGUGGAGUGGAUGCGGGGGAACUGAAGAAUCCGUGGAUGGCCCUCAUAAAAACCAAUGACGAAUUUAUCUGCGGAGGAUCGGUAAUUACUAACAAAUUCGUCUUGACGGCCGCUCAUUGUAUGUGCACCGAUGAGGAAUGCAUUGUAAAGUACACUCAGCUCACAGUUACCUUGGGUGUGUACCAUCUACUGGCGACGGGUGAACACAAUCAUCCCCACGAGAUAUACAACGUGGAGAGGGUCUACAUCCACGAUUCCUUCGCGAUACAAAACUAUCGCAAUGACAUAGCGCUUCUUAGGUUGCAAAAAAGUAUCGUUUACAAGCCACAAAUCAAACCGUUAUGUAUUUUACUGAACGACCAACUCAAGCCGCAAACGGAUCUCAUCCAGGAGUUCACAGCAAUCGGCUGGGGCGUAACGGGCAAUGGGAAGAUGAGUAACAAUCUUCAAAUGGUCAAGAUCUACAGAAUAGAUAGGAAAAUGUGCGAGGCAGCAUUUUGGUACACUUUUGAUUACCCAAUGUUCUGUGCCGGCACCGCGGUAGGCAGAGAUACCUGCAAAAGGGACUCCGGUGGACCCUUGUACAUACAUAUGUUGUUCGAUGGCAUCAAGCGAGCAACGCAGUUGGGAAUCGUCAGCACUGGCACCGAAGAUUGCAGAGGUUUCGGUAUGUACACCGAUGUAAUGGGCCAUAUCGACUUUAUCGAGCGCAUUGUUCUGGAUGCGGACAUUGAGGUGGUGCUACCCUAUAUAGACCUACUCGAUGCUGGGUGUCUGGGCAACGACACGUUGAACAGCUGGGAUAGAAGUGGUCCCGAUGCGAUCAGGUCCUUCGAGUGGUUGGCUGAGGUCUACAAGGAUUCCUUUAUAAUCUCAAACGGCGCACUUAUUUCGAAAACUUUCGUGGUGACAACGGCGCAGUUGAUUUCCGAAAGUACGGCAUUAAAGGUUCAACUGGGACAAGGCGAUGUGCAUACCUACGCUGUCGCAUCUGUUCACAAGCAUCCCAAAUUCGUUAGCCUGGCCCAAAACGACAUAGCUCUGCUUAAACUGGGCGAGGAAGUGCAGUACACGGAAUCGAUUCGACCGAUCUGCCUGCCCUCGCUAAGCAACAAAGCGGAGCAGCAGAAGUUCCAAAGGCGUGCUGCUGAUCCCGCCCUGAAUCUCAUAGCCGUUGGCUGGGGCACGCCGACUAACGUGGUGGUGCGGCGAACAAAUGCCAGUAAGUGCUACCGGGAGGAUCACCAAGACAUCGGAGAGCAACAGUUGUGCAUGGAAAGCCCUUCUCCUCAUCUCCUGCGCGUGGGCAUUGGCAGUCCCUUGGUAAACCCUCUAACCCACGGAAACAGGAGGGCAUUCAGCCUGGUCGGACUGGCGAGCUUUGGCAGGUUAGAGCCUUUCGCUUCAAAUGUCUACACCAAUGUUCUCGAAUACUUGGACUGGAUCGGGGAAAUGGUUAAGGCGUAGAGAAUUCUUUGAAAAGUUUUAAGUUCUGCGAUAUGAAAACCAUUUGAUUUAAUAAAGUUAAUAGUAAUAAUAAU